UACACCGCCUGACAGCGCGCGGAGGGAAAAAUCCGCGAGACCGCGGCGGGAGAAGAUGGCGGUGCUGGGGAAGAGUUUGCAAUCUUUGUGACUGGGCGAGUCGGGUAACUGUUCGGGUCAUGGCGUCAAACUCAACCAAGUCUUUCCUGGCCGAUGCCGGCUAUGGCGAACAGGAGCUGGACGCUAACUCCGCUCUUAUGGAACUGGACAAAGGUCUGAGGUCUGGCAAACUUGGGGAGCAGUGUGAGGCAGUCGUGCGCUUUCCCAGGCUUUUCCAGAAGUACCCAUUCCCUAUCCUCAUCAAUUCAGCAUUCCUAAAGUUAGCUGAUGUUUUCAGAGUUGGAAACAACUUCCUGAGGCUGUGUGUUCUCAAAGUGACCCAACAAAGUGAAAAGCACCUGGAGAAGAUUCUAAACGUGGACGAAUUUGUGAAGAGGGUUUUCUCAGUGAUUCAUAGUAAUGACCCUGUGGCGAGAGCCAUCACUCUCCGGAUGUUGGGAAGUUUGGCAUCAAUCAUCCCUGAGAGGAAGAAUGCCCAUCACAGUAUCCGCCAGAGUUUGGAUUCCCAUGACAAUGUAGAAGUUGAAGCUGCUGUUUUUGCAGCCGCAAACUUCUCUGCACAGUCAAAGGAUUUUGCUGUGGGGAUCUGUAACAAAAUCAGUGAAAUGAUUCAAGGCUUAGCUACACCAGUGGAGCUGAAGCUGAAGCUGAUCCCCAUCCUGCAGCACAUGCACCACGAUGCCCUCCUGGCCUCCAGCGCCCGCCAGCUCCUGCAGCAGCUGGUCACCUCCUACCCCUCCACCCGGAUGGUCAUCGUGACUCUGCACACUUUCACUCUGCUGGCAGCCUCCUCUUUGGUUGACACACCCAAGCAGAUUCAGCUUCUGCUGCAGUAUUUGAAGAAUGACCCCAGGAAAGCUGUGAAGAGACUUGCUGUUCAGGAUCUGAAGCUGCUUGCUAGUAAGACACCACACACGUGGAGUAAGGAGAAUAUUCAGGCACUCUGUGAGUGUGCACUGCAUACUCCUUAUGACAGCUUGAAACUCGGGAUGUUGUCUGUCCUUUCCACGCUGUCAGGAACCAUUGCCAUUAAACAUUACUUCAGUGUAGUUCCAGGAAAUGUAGGCUCUUCUCCCAGAUCUUCUGAUUUAGUCAAAUUAGCUCAAGAAUGCUGUUACCAUAGCAACAGGGGCAUUGCAGCUCAUGGAGUAAGAGUGCUAACUAAUAUAACUGUGUCUUGUCAAGAAAAAGAUCUCUUGUCACUGGAGCAAGAUGCUGUCUUCGGCCUGGAAUCCCUUCUGGUGCUUUGUAGUCAAGAUGACAGUCCAGGUGCUCAAUCCACUGUGAAGAGUGCUCUCAGCUGUAUGGUAAAGCUGUCCAAGGGCAGGCCCCAUCUGAGCCGGUCAGUGGUUGACACUCUGCUAACUCAGCUGCACAGCUCUCAGGAUGCUGCCCGGAUCCUCAUGUGCCACUGCCUGGCAGCCAUCGCCAUGCAGCUCCCGGUACUGGGUGACGGAAUGCUUGGGGACCUCGUGGAGCUCUACAAGGUGAUUGGACGAUCAGCCACAGACAAGCAACAGGAACUUCUGGUAAGUUUGGCUACUGUGAUUUUUGUAGCCAGCCAGAAAGCGUUGUCUGCGGAAGUGAAGGCGGUGAUCAAGCAGCAGCUUGAAAGCGUCUCCAGUGGGUGGACCGUGUACCGGAUUGCCAGGCAGGCUUCCAGAAUGGGCAACCAUGACAUGGCGCGAGAGCUUUACCAGAGUUUGCUGACGCAGGUCGCAUCAGAACACUUCUACUUCUGGCUGAACAGUCUGAAGGAGUUCUCGCAUGCAGAGCAGUGUCUGACUGGGUUGCAGGAGGAUAGCUUCAGCUCAGCACUUUCCUGCAUUGCCGAGUCUUUGAAAUUCUACCACAAAGGGAUCGCCUCCUUGACAGCUGCCAGCACCCCACUGAAUCCUUUGAGCUUUCAGUGUGAAUUUGUAAAACUCAGGAUAGAUCUCCUGCAAGCCUUCUCCCAGCUCAUUUGCACUUGUAACAGCCUGAAGACAAGCCCUCCCCCUGCCAUAGCCACAACCAUCGCCAUGACCCUAGGAAAUGAUCUUCAGAGGUGCGGCCGGAUCUCCAAUCAGAUGAAGCAGUCCAUGGAAGAAUUCCGAAGCCUUGCCUCCCGGUACAGAGAGCUCUAUCAGGCGUCCUUUGAUGCAGACUCGGCAACUCUGAGGAAUGUAGAACUCCAGCAGCAGAGCUGCUUACUGAUAUCUCAUGCCAUAGAAGCCCUGGUUUUGGAUCCUGAAUCAGCAAGCUUCCAGGAGUAUGGGUCCACAGGCGCUGCCCACGCCGACAGUGAAUAUGAGAGACGGAUGAUGUCCGUGUACAGUCGCGUCCUAGAGGAGGUGGAGUCGCUUAAUCGGAAGUAUGCCCCAGUUUCCUACAUGCACACAGCAUGCCUCUGCAACGCCAUCAUCGCUCUGCUGAAAGUUCCUCUUUCAUUUCAGAGGUACUUUUUCCAGAAACUGCAGUCUACCAGCAUCAAGCUUGCUCUGUCACCUUCUCCCCGGAACCCUGCAGAGCCCAUUGCUGUACAAAAUAACCAGCAGCUGGCACUAAAGGUAGAAGGCGUUGUUCAACACGGGUCUAAACCAGGACUGUUCCGCAGAAUUCAGUCUGUGUGUCUGAAUGUUUCUUCCACACUACAGAGUAAAUCUGGCCAAGACUACAAGAUUCCCAUUGACAGCAUGACCAAUGAGAUGGAGCAGAGGGUUGAGCCACAUAAUGAUUACUUCAGCACCCAGUUCCUGUUGAACUUUGCUGUCCUUGGAACGCACAGCAUCACAGUGGAGUCAUCAGUGAGAGAUGCCAAUGGCAUUGUCUGGAAGACUGGCCCCAGAACUACCAUGUUUGUCAAAUCCCUGGAAGACCCCUACUCGCAGCAGAUUCGCCUACAGCAGCAGCAAGCCCAGCAGCCUUUGCAGCCACAGCCGCAGCCACAGCCACAGCCUCGCAGUGCCUACACCCGGUUUUAGCUGUGCUACAAGCAUACUACUGCCACACUGCACCGACUACAAGAAGAGUCUUUUCCUCAUGUGCGUUAAGUGUCAAUGUCACAGUGUGAAACCCAGUACUCACUGAUUGCUGUAAUGUAGCAUUCUGGUGAUGUUUUGUUUUGUUUCUUAAAAAUUUAGUGUAAGAAAUAACCUGGCUCUUAGCCCCCAAAAAAGUGCGUUUUUGUUGUUGUUGAUGUUGUUGUUUAUUUCUUAAAUCCAUUCUUCUGUCUCACACUUAGCAUUUUUGUUGUAUUGUUCUUUGUGGUUGGUGAGCUUUUCUUCUUCCAAGAAUAGUCACAGAUCAUUGGUAAAUUUGACUGUGUCUCCACCAGAAUUAUUGUGCUGACUGGCCCAAACCUGGGGUUUUGAGGUAGGCAGGGGAAGUACUGUUGAGUGUGUGCAGUGCUUGUCCAGGGCUGGAGAAUGAGGCCUUCAUAGGGGGGCUGGAGAGUCGGCAGCACCUGCCUUCUCGUCUGUGGGAGCCUGUGGGCCACAGGUUCAGCAUCCUGCUGUGUUGGCACCUCUUACCCACCUUCUGCCCUGAAGCAAUGUUAGAUUAUUGUUUUGGUCUUUGAUUGACCAAAAAACAACUCCAGCUAGAAAAGUUGGAAACGAAUAAUCUGUUAUUUUUUUCUGGUAUGUGACUAAUGUGGACUUCUUACAUUUUUUUCUACAAGUGGAAUGUGGUUCACAUAUGUCUUCCUGUUUGAUAUAAAGGGAACAGAUCCUUCCCUCCCUCUGGUUUCUACUAGAUGAUGUAUUACUCUACACCUGAUGUCUAGACAGCUGUCUCCACAGCGUAACCUCAGCUGGGAUGCUCAGGGAACAGACUCUGGCUAGCCAGAAAAGCCCUUUUUCUACUUGAGUCAUGGUCAGAAACUACAUGACAACACACUGAUUCUAGGUUUGAUUUAACAAUUGACCGUGGCUGCUCAGUGCUCAUGGACCACGGUUAAUAUGAUGAACUGAGCCUGCUGAUACCCCUGGUGGUCAUUGGUGUUGGGUGUAGUGCAGCUUCUAAGGGCAUGAGCCCUGGAUUUCCCUGUGUAAAUAAAUCUAAUUUCUUUGCUGUGUUUACCUUUUUUCUCUUCAAAGUCAUACUGACUCAUAAGAGGACUUGACUUUUUUUAAAUGGAGUUUGGUUUUUGUUUUCUCCUGUUGCAUUACCCCAGGGGCUGAGAAGUGAUCGGCAACUUGGGUUCCCCUGAGGUUACUUUGCUUUGUGAGAUGUUACCUCUGCAUAGCCAAUUCUGCUUGUCAUAGUCUGUGCAAGUCUACUGUAUCCACUGUAAGUGACCUCCCCCCCAGCCACCUCAGUGCACACGGUGCACAGUCUGCACUUGGUCAGCAUCUGGAGACUGAUGCCAGAGUGCGAGAGAAGACCCGUGCAGAGCCCGUGUUCUUUGCUAGAUAUGGAAAGAGCUGAGUCAAUGUUCCACUUUGGGCUCUGCGGAGAGUUGUGUGUGUUUCUGUAGAGUCAGACUUCAGACUCUUAGAAAAUGACUGAAUUAGGCUAAGUCUCUCCGCUUUAACUCAGCUUUAUCAGGUAACUGGGGAAAAAAAAAAAAAAAAAAA